AUUAACGAUAUAAUUUGCCAUCCGUGAAUCUUCGUGCUCUCGCUCACUCUCGCUGUUCGUAAACGAUUUUAACGUUUGACAUUUGACCUAUUAGAAUAUAAUAAAGCUAAACAUACGGUAGACACAAUUUUAAACGCAACAAUUAUUUAUCAAUAAAAAAAAAAAAAAAAACAAAAUUCAAUAAUUUAAAAUAUAUAUUGAAUUAUUGUCAAUAACAUACAAAAUUAUAUUUUUUAAGAUAUAGUAAAUAAACUAGUGAUACGACGUAUUAUUCAAUUUAAAAAAAAACAACAGGAUAAAGCUUUUAAUAAUUAAUUUAAUAAUUAUUGAAGAAAAAUGGACGUUGGCGUUGUCAGAGUUGCUGAGGAUAAAGAUUUCGAAAUAUUAAAAAAACUUUAUGAUGAUAAUAAUGGAUGGAAAUUAGAUUACAAUAAACCAGAUUUAUCAGUUUGGACAAAGUCAGUGCCUGGUAUAAGUUUUAAAAUAGUCAAGAUAAGAACACGAUUUCCUGAUGUACAACCAGAGACUCUUUACGAUGUGUUACAUGAUCCAGAGUAUAGAAAAGUAUGGGAUACUCAUAUGAUUGAAUCAAAAGAUAUUGGAUUUUUUAAUCCAAACAAUGAUCUUGGCUAUUACUCUAUGUCAUGCACAUCACCAUUGAAAAAUCGUGAUUUUGUACUUCAAAGGUCUUGGCUAGACACUGGUGUUGAACAGCUUAUAAUUAAUCAUUCAGUUUAUCACAAAGAUUAUCCACCAAGAAAACAUUAUGUUCGUGCAACGUCUUAUCUAACAGGAUAUAUUGUGAGACCUUCAAGACAAGGUGAUGGUUCUGAACUCGGUUAUGUAUCUCACACCGAUCCGCAUGGAAAAUUGCCAGUUUGGCUUGUUAAUAGAGUUACCCAAAUAUUUGCACCAAAGAUGGUUAAAAAAUUGCACAAAGCAUCAAUUGCAUAUCCAGAAUGGAAAGAACGAAAUAAUCCAAAUUACAGACCUUGGCAUUUUCCAGAACAAAUAAUGUCACCAAGAAUACGUGUUGAAGACUGUAUUAAAUCAAUGGAAGAAAAAAACAUGAAAAACAGUUAUGUUGAUGAGUCUGAUUUAAAAGACAGCUUAACAAGAGACAUGGUGAUAAUGGAUAGUGAUUAACCAAAGAAAAAAAAUUACAAUUUACAACAGUAUUACAGCCAAAUAAUUAAAUCAAUGCUUAUUGAUAAUUUUUAGUUAAGAAAAAAUGAUAAAGUUCGAUGAUUGAAUCAUUUUUAUUGUGCAUUUGUGAGUAUUUAUAAUAAUAAUUUAAUUUAAUUAAUUUAUAUAUGAAAAAUGAAAAAUAAUAAUAAUAUUGCCUUUUGUGUCUGCAAUGAGAUAUUGAAAUAGAAAUAUAAGUCCAGGUUGUAAUAUAUCGUUUUUAUCUGUGGUAUGACAAAUCCUAGUCUUGAUAAUAUAAUUAAUUAUAUACAAUGAGAAAUAUCAAAAUAAAAAAAUUUAUUAUAUUUAAUUUGAUAAUUUAAAAAAAAAUUAAUAUAAAUGUUUUUUGCUUGAUAUGUUAACGUAACUUUUGCUGUAAUGAAAAUUGCAUUAUCGAUUUGCUUUAUAAUAUAUUCCUAGAGCCUAAACUAUAGUUUCUGUGAAGCUCAGUUAACAUAAAUUCGGUCAAGUGUAAAUUGAUAAAGAAAAAAUAAUCAUUUACAAACAAGCUGAAAAUCAAAAAUUCAAAAAUCAAAUAAUAAUAAUUAAUCUGCCUAUAUUUAUUAACGCUGUGACUGUCUUUUUAUAGUUGAUUAAAAAAAUUAACAAAUUUAAUUAAAUUACAAUUUGGGUCAUUUGGAAUUCAAAUGUAGUGAUCAGGUACACAUGCAAAAAAGGUACACUGAAUUCCAGUUACAUUAUCUACGAUUAAAAUACGUAUAUUGUUAAAAAUGAUUAAAAAAUAAAUAACUAAGAAUUAUUAUGUACUUACAAAGCUUAAAGAAAAACAAAUCAAUAAUUCGUGAAACGAUAUAAAUCGAUUAAUUUACAUUGCAAAUUAAAACAUUAUUGAUUAUAAUAAUAUUUAUUAUUAUUAUUGAUCAUUUUUAGUAUUGAUUUUAUCAAAGUUUUUGUUUUAGCUAUUUAUCUGCAUAUUAAGUUAAAAUAAAAGUGCAAAUAAAUAAAUUCAAUUGAUGUGUACAUAUCACAAAUUUUUGCUUAUACAAUGUUCAAUUUAAUAUGCGUACAAAUUAUUGUUAUAAAUUGUUAUUAACAUAAUAUUAUAUUUAUAAAAAAUAUACAAUAAUUAUCUUCAAAUUUUUAAUCAUUAUAUUAUAAUAUUAAAUUUAGGUAAACAAAAAAAUAUUUCAUUAUUAUAAUAUGUUUGUUAAAUAAUUUUGUUUUUUGAAUUUUAAAAUUUUGUCAGUCACGCACAUGUAUAUUUAAAAUAUUUUUAUUAAUAAUUUAUUCAAAUUUUAGUAUUGAUCCUCUAGAUAUUACUAGACUGAGGGCUCUACGACUGAAUUGAGAUCGUGCCUAUUGAUAAAUAAAAAAACUUAACUCAGAUACGGAGGGUCAAAUUAAAUGUUAAUCUGAGCUGGGUAUUGUUGAUAAAAAUUUUAAUAGUAUUUAUUAUUAAUUAAUAAUAAUAUGUCCAGCUUUUAUUAUAAUAAUAAUUACCUUAACUCAAUUAAUAGCCAAAGAAAAUAAUAAGAAAUAAAGGUGAGCUUCGGAAAAAUAGUGUGUACUUUCGUUUGACUUUUGAAAAAAAAAAAAAGGGCUGUGUUUACAAUAA